GUGUGUGUGUGUGUGUGUGUGCGCGUGUGUGUGUCCUCCGUGUGAAAGCGGCUCAAUUGGAGCUCUUCAUUCACUUCAUCCCCUUUUUAUUCUCUUUAUGUGAGCUCCUUUUGUUGCCUGUGUCACUCCCUGAAGCCUCUCAGCGCGUAUAAAAGUCUAGCCGGACUCACUGCUGCACACACUGAUUAGCACAUCAGGAGGACUCUCUCUCUCUCUCUCUCGCUCUCUCUCUCUCGCUCUCGCAGUCACGCAUCCUGUCCUCUGCUUUCCAUCAUGAUGACGAUGAUGCCCGGUCUCGUGGCCAUGUACCCGAGUUUGGUGCAUCCCACGGCUGCGUUUCAUUCCCCGACGCCGCACACUUUCCACGCGCACUCCGCGUUGCGCUCUCGCUCCGGCUUUCUGGUGGAGGAUCUGUUGCGCAUCAGUUCUUCUUCUUCUUCUUCUUCUUCUUCUUCUUCUUCUUCCCCUCUUUCCUCCACCGUCACUCCAUCCGAGCCUCCCGUGAUUGGAUUUUCUUCUCCAAAAACUCCGAGCAAAGAUCCGACACACCUCAAAUUCGGUGUUAAUGCCAUCCUGGCACACCCCCCCAAAAAACCGUCAGUUCCUCGUCCCGUUCCUGAAGUUCACCCUAAAGCCCUGACUGUUCCGUAUUUCGAUGGAUCCUUCUACCCGUUCCUUCGCUCGUCUUACUUCCCCGGAUCGUCCUCUGUGGUCCCAGUCCCUGGGACGUUCUCAUGGCCGUUGGCCUCCAGAGGGAAGCCGAGGAGAGGGAUGCUGCGCAGGGCUGUGUUCUCUGACGUGCAGCGUAAAGCUCUGGAGAAAAUGUUCCAAAAACAAAAGUACAUCAGCAAACCUGACCGGAAAAAGCUCGCCACCAAACUGGGCCUUAAAGAUUCUCAGGUGAAGAUCUGGUUUCAGAACCGGCGAAUGAAGUGGAGGAACUCUAAGGAGCGUGAGCUGCUGUCGUCCGGAGGCUGCAGGGAGCAGACGCUGCCCACGCGGACCAACCCUCAUCCUGACCUGAGUGACGUGCAGGAUAAACCAUUACUCCAUGAGGAAGGGGACGAGGAGGAUGGAGUGAGGAGUGUACAUACUACACGCUCGUACCCGUCACCUAAGUCCGAGUACUCACACUCGUGUCCCAUGUCCUCCCCAUCGAGCAAACACUCUGACUCUUCUGACUCGGAGGAUGAGAUCAUGGUUUCGUAACCAUCAUUAUAAAACACUCUGUGUGUGUGUGUGUGUGUGUGUGUGUGUGUGUGUGAGAUCUCAUAAUCAGCACACAUGUGGUUUUAUGUUCUUGCUGUGUUGCACAGCGUUUUUGGAACUGUACAGUAUUUUGUACAAAUAUUUUUGUAUGGAUAUUUUAUACCAAGAAUGUUGCGUUACGUUUACUUAUAUUUCACAUAGAUAUUUUUUAUUAAAGGCUGUAGACUUGUGUAUAAUUUAAACGAACGCAUGUGUGUGUGCAUAUUUUAUGUUUUUGUAAAAAAAAAAAAAAAGUCAAUAAAUUGUAACAUUAAACUGAUAAUGGUUUGUGAUUACUGUUAAAUUAUUAAAUAGGGCUAGAUUAACUUAAUUAAAGGCACAAUAAGUUAGGACACUAAAGAGACCCUUCUACUGACUGUGAAAAACACUGGAAGAUGCCUAGGGUUCCUGCUCACCUGCGUGAACAUGCCAUAGACCUGCUGCAGGGAGCCAUGAGGACUGCAGAUGUGGCCAGAUGUCUGUAAUGUAAGACGCCUAAGACACCAGCUGAUCACACUUGCAGUGGAAAAUUACAUGUAACCAACCAUGUGUUCCCCCAGACGUGAUCGAGAACCUUGGUGGAAGAGUGGGGGAACAUCUCACAGCAAGAACUGACCAAUCUGGUGCAGUCCAUGAGGAUGAGAUGCACUGUAGUACUUAAAGCAGCUGGAGGACACCAGAUACUGACUGUUCCUUCUGAUAUCGACCUCCGCUUUAUUCAGGGACUCAUUAUUCCA